AUGAGGAGAGAAAAUAAUAAAAUUGUGGAGGAGGGAAUAAAAAAAUUGAGGAAGGAAACGUAGUGUAGAUAUAGUAGUAGUAAUGGUUGCUAGGUGAUCGCUUCUCUUAUUCGUAUUUUUUUCAAUAGACGGUCCGAAAACCGGCCUCAAGUUACUUAACGGGCCAACCUAGGCACGCCUAUUGUGCCUAUUGUAGUAGAGAUGCGCUCAUUAGUAAACCUAUACCGAAUUAGUAUUCAGGAAGGUAUGUGAAUAUUAAUUAUUCAGCUACACCUAUACCGAAUUGGUUUGCAGGAAGGUAUGUGAAUAUUAAUGAUUUACCUAUACCUAUAACUAAAUCCGGUUUCAACAUAGUUCACUACAACAUAGUACACUACUAAUGUCCGUUUACAGGCUCCUUUAUGCAUUAGUUAAAAAAUGUUUUUUUUCUCUUGAAUCGUAAUAAUUAUUUAUGCUUUCUAUCAAUAAUUUUCAGAACGAGCAAACCCUGUAAAGAUGUCAAUCACCACACUUGAUUUAAGUAGUGAAGUGGAGGACGUCGUGGAUCGAAUGUUAAGACAACAACUUGAAGUGUACUUGAAAUACAAUAAAGGAACCAAGCUUUCUACAGCCCAUGGACUGAGCAUAUGUGAUUUCGUUAAGCAUUUAGAAAACACUUAUAACUUUUCCUUAACAUCUCUGGGAACGGGAUCUUUGGUAAUAAAAGGUCAGUGCGCCGACCUGCAGAGUCUCGACAGUCUUUGGAAUGACAAAACUUCUGGUGACCUGAAUGAGGCUGUAGAGAGGUUUUUAGUCACUGAUGACAUAAAGAGAAAAAUCAAUGUGGAGACAGUCAAAUUAAAGACCAUUAUUGAGGAAGACAACUAUUUGAGAUGCAAAAAAGCUCUUACGGAAAAUUCAGGUAAGUUGGCCCGUUAGGACAAUUUUGGGGCAAUUAUUCUUUAGAUAAAAAACUGAUAUAACUGCUCUGUUAGUAUUUUAUAGCGAUGUACUCAAAAUUAUACAAUGGCUUUGUGAAAAACGGGUUAGCAAACUGUGUUGAUAGAGGGCAGGCAGAACUCAGGUAUGUGGUCACGUUGUUGAGCUGUUGCACCAAACUAUUCUGUGCAAGCCGUAAAAACGUUUCGACGGUGCUGCUUAGCUGAUUGUGCCUUGGAAAACCAAUUCUCGACACAGGAGAAUUUGAUAUAAGUCUAGUUUCAGCGGACUCCUAGCUUUUGAACCAUGGGCCAGGUUUUACAGAUAAGAAGGCCAGGUGAUAAUUUGUGCACUAUGUUUCAGUAAGUUUGUUGUCUAUUUCCAUGCGAAAUCCUGUCAUUUACCGGACCGCGAAAAAAGUAGUGUUUUGCUAACUAACCAAGCACUUUUUGGCCGCAUUUUACUUAACCUGAGAUCAGGUUAUAUUUUCGUUUCUCUUUGAAAAUAACAUUCCGGCGGGCAAGGCGAAACGAAGAGAGAGCCUGAUACAAAACGUCUACCGUCCACUUUUUUGAUUGAUUGACAUUUACCGAUCGAAUCAGCUAAUUAACCAAUUAAAAUUACUUCCAUUGUAUACUGUUUUUAGUAUGCAUAUUUUUUCAUACGUGGGAAAAUGUAGAAAAUAGCUUUUAUGUUUCUUUCAACUAACAAUAAAAAAGUCGGCACAGUCAAAUUUAACUUCUUGUGAGAUUAGAGGAGUUUUUAAGGUUAUUUCUGUUGGCGUAGAAGGUAGAAAGUUUUCGAAAAGACGGCGACACGAUAUAUGUUCUAAUUUUAAGAUUUUGGCUAGGUUCGCUCGAUUUUUAAAAUACUGAAAUUUCUAUUUUACGAUUUUUCCUAUUGUUCCCCGAUUUUCAGUACAUGAAUCUUUAAAAAUCUUGGAGAAAUAUAUCGCGAACUUUUUUGAAGGAUGUAUAAAUUAUCUCAGAACAAACCAAACAAGUUCUCACUCUCAAGUGCAAUUAAUUUAGUCCGUCCUGUGAGUACACUUGCAAUUUGCGAAUUUACUAAGCUAGAAACAACCGUCUAAGACAAGAUAUGUUUUUAUAAAUCCAGCUAUUAAAAUGUUAUCUGCUACUUUGGAUAGACGAAACGACAACACUAAAACUGCAUGCGCAACUGACCUAUAAACAAAAUGAAAAACGAUAUUACAAACACACUUUGUAGUUCUGUUCUGUUGUUGUUUUAUUGCAGUUCUGAAAAGCUCGCUAAAAUUAAUAAUCUAAAUUAACAAACAGCCAACGAGCGAGGACAACAGUUUUUCUGGUUAAUUUUUUAACGAAAAGCGAAGGCAAACAACAAGUCUGUUAUACCUUAAGACUAGCAGCACUAGGUUUUUUAAUUGCGGUGAGGUUAAGAGGCGGAAUGAGUUUGCGGAAUGGCAUGUGUCAUAGCUUAAGGAAUGACAUAAUUAUGCGGAAUGUAAUAUAUGGAAAUGGCGCAAAGAAAUAAAUGAAACAGAUAAGCAUACGCGCGUCUCUGCCGCGUCUUUUUGCGUCAGGCGAUUUUUUUUUGACACAAAUUUGAACGAGCAAUCGCUUUGCUAGCUCAAACCAGCAAGGCAGACCAGCACGUUGGAGUUCACGAGGAUUAUGGAGGAAAUUACUUCUACCAGCGGUAAGUUUUACGAGGCUGCUAGGAAAUGGUAGACUCGGUAGUCCCAAAUGAAAUAAACAAAUGAGCCUCGUUAAUACGUGCAGGGUCACUUUUAUUGUGACGCUAGAGGGAAAAGAAUGCUCGUUGAACGUGAAGUCGGAUAUAUAUGGUCUCUGAAUAUUAUGUCACGAUCACGCAACCCACCGUCUCAAAAAGAAAGACUUCUCACGCGGUUUCAAAUACAGUAAAACCCCAGUAACUCGAAGUCUAAAGGGAAACGAAAAACAGUUCGAGUUACAGCUGGGGUUAGCGAGGGUUCGAGUUAUCAGGGUCGAUUGCGAAAUUCAAUUUGCAAAUUUAUAGCUACUGAUUUUUCAGCACUUCAGUGUAUAGUGCAGUAAAAAUCUAACUUAUUUCAUCAGAAACGGUAAAAUGAUUAACCAUUUGUAGUGAUAAAACGUUAUCUGUUCGUUGCAUCAAUUAAAAUCAAAUUGCUGUAGUGUUGACUAGUCUUGUUUUAAGUGUUUUUGCCAUUAUACAACAAGAAGAACUAAUGGGAUGGCAUCUUAGUGGAGCCGAGUACAAGAACGCCAUAAUUCGAGGUACUGGGGUAAAUUUUAGUGAAUUUUUGAUCAAGGGAAAGGAAAUUUAGUUUGAGUCAGAGAGGAAUUCAGGUAUCCGUGUUCGAGUUAACCGAGUAAAAAUGAAUGAAAAGUGGGAUGAAAUCCAAGGGAAACUGGACUCAGUUCGAGUUAUCCUAGCCUGCGAGCAAGCUCUCCUAUUUGGGCAAGUGAAGCGAGCCUCGCGAGAACGCGCGAGCUAGGGGCCGAGGAAAGGAGAGCUUGCAACGAUCUCUCAUAAAUUUUCAUUCCCACCCCGGAACCCCCGGGACUCCGCAAAGCGUGAAAACUGUCACCGCAAACGUGCCGCAGAUUAAAAAAGUGACAACCGCGAGUCAAGUAAGUUUAGACAGCCGAGGGCGCGUAGAAUUAUUUAUUUAUAAAUCGCUUUCGCAACAGCAUCAAAGCAAUGUUUUUAAUCACUGAUGUGUUUAUUUUUUCCACGGGAACAUCGAACUUCAACGUGUCCGCUCGGAUAAGAAAUCACUACUUUGAUUCUCGUUUCGUUUACUUUUGAAAAGUCGUCCAUACUGCAGUGUAGAAGACUACUCCCCAUCGCAAUCACCAACAAAAACAUCAUAUAUUUGUCCCUCUGGAACUGGAGAAUAGCGUUUUCCUGCACUUGGUUCUCUUACGUUUUACUCCAGUUGCUUCCAACUCUUUCUCUUUUCCCUCUUUACGGUCAAGCUACACAGCGGCUGCACUGUCAAGUACAUGUUUCUGAAUUUUUCUACCCAGUAGAAUUCAAUCGGGCGAAGAAACCGAUGUUGGAAGACAGCGCUUGAAUCACUCUUCACUUUUACUCUCCCGUUUUCAGAACUACACAAGGCGCUUGUCACAAACGAAUACAACUGAACUACAAACUCAGUCAGACUUAUCCUCGGCUCGCAAUAUUCUCUUUGCAAGAAUUACAUUAAACGAGCCCGUCUGCUUUGAGGGCUGAAACAAGUUUUCGGUACCAAUCUGAUCCCCCUGAAAAACCAAACUUGUCACACAGACGAAGGCGGUGCCAGCUUAGCCUGUUAUCAAUCAACUUUGAUUUCCGGAACGUCAUUUUUCAGCCAAUUGUAUUUCCCUUCGUCUGGGCGAAGUACAAAUGAAAAUUUAUGAGAGAUCGUUGCAAGCUCUCCUUUCGUCUGCCCCUCGCGCGUUCUCGCGAGACUCGUUUCACUCGCCCAAAUAGGAGAGCUUGCUCGCAGGCUAGAGUUAUCCGAGUUCGAGAUAUCGGGGUUCUACGGUACAAAUAAGGGUAAAAAACCUGUAAAGUUCAUCGUGCAAACAUCGUUUGCAGAAAAAUUAAAGCAGAAGGGAGCGUGACCUUCCAAAACAUCUUUUGUUCAAUGGCCGACUUUCGUGAUGUAGUAUUGGUAAUGACACGCAGCCCGACUGAUAAAGGCAAGUAGAAUCUUGGUGGCUGAAAAAAAAAAAGGCUAAUCGAGAGUGAGAAAUCAAGGAACCUAUGUAUCUUUUUUAUUGUCAUCGUAGUCGAGCCCCCAACAUAAAAAAAGUCGCUGCAUUUGCAAAUUGAUUGGCGCCAAAAAAGGUGUGCUUUUCAGUUUAGUUUAUUUCUUUUAGUCAUUCUGCAUACAUUACAUGCCACAUGCCAUUCCGCAAACUCAUUCCGAAAUUUGGACACUUUGCAUCAAUAGAACAACUCUUCUUCUUUCACUAGAAGAUACUUUAAAAGGAAUAUCGAGACUCGUUGAACUGACAUAAUUCAAAAACGAAGAUAGCCUGAAUUUCAUCUGAUUGCUUCGAGUCGACUUUUCCUCUCAGCAACGUCUGAAUCGACCGGCCGUUGAUGCCGUCCAGUGACGUCAUCACUACCCGAAAACUGGGUAGUGAUUUUGAUUGGUUGAUUGUCUAAACAUUCGCAUAAUUAUGCAUAAUUAUGAGAAAUUUUGGCUGGGAUUGUCGCUUGAUAUUCAGCGGACACAUCCCUGGCCUUGCAUCCCUGGUAUGCUUGCUUGGAAUUCAAACAUUCCAAUAAUCUUUAUCGUAAACAACAAAAUUGCCCUCGUCUUCGAAGCUGAAGUGCUUAAGGUGACUCGACCCAGUUUUUUUGGGGGGGUACCAUCCUACUUUGAAGCUCUCUGGUAUCCCCACCUUUAUUUUUAUCGUAAGUCUAACACAUAGAAUGGAUAACAUAUAGAUCAAUCUACAAUAUAACAUAAAAUUUUUGGCGAUCGGAGUAAAUGUCACGUGGUUAUAAUGCCACGCCCCUUUGAGGUCUGAGUCGAAAAUCUGCUGUUGCCGGCAUUUUUUCGUGAAAAUCUCUCGGCUACACNAACAAGAAUGCUGUAUAAUGACAGACUAGAAACAAUAGACAACUCCCAAAGCACAAACUCAGCCAAAACGCUAAAAAUCUUCAAUGUUUCCUCAAGUUUGGGCUUAUAGAAGGUAAUGUCGCAGUUUUUCAAUGACCAUGAAAUUCAGAGUCCGGGUAGUUAGUUAAUCAAUUGUGGCCCUGAAAAAAUUUGAAGGAAAAAAAACUACGAAUUUUUAAGAAAAUGCUUUUUUCGUGAGAUUGACUCUUAAACGCUGACAAACGUCAACAAAUAGCGAAAACUAUAAUUUCUAUAUGUUUGCUUUGCUCAAAAUCGCGCGCAUUUACAAGGCCCUAAAGCGUUUUGCUGACUUGCAAGGACCCAUCUGUUAUAAGGAUGCCCAAAAUACAGAGAUGAAUCUCGUAGUUUAUUAGAUAUAAUCCGUGUAAAGUUUGCUUAUCAUUUUCGCAUAAAUUAUGACCUAAAUUUGGAAACCGCUGAAUUUCUCGAAUUGGGUCUUUGCGAUUUUGGUGAAACUCUGUUCAGCGCAAGGCACUAAUGCGCACUACGAGUAGCCGAGAGAUUUUCACGAAAAAAUGCCGGCAACAGCAGAUUUUCGACUCAGACCUCAAAGGGGCGUGGCAUUAUAACCACGUGACAUUUACUCCGAUCGCCAAAAACUUUAUGUUAUAUUGUAGAUUGAUCUAUAUGUUAUCCAUUCUAUGUGUUAGACUUACGAUAAAAGUAAAGGUGGGGAUACCAGAGAGCUUCAAAGUAGGAUGGUACCCCCUAAAAAAAACUGGGUCGAGUCACCUUAAUUGAACUGCGAAUGAAGAAUCAUUGCGGAGAGUCGGUAGGUUUUUCAUUUAAAGCCGCUUUGUAGUUUCGGCAGUGAUUUUGUUUAUGCCAAGUUUCUGAGACCAAUGUUAUAAUUCGACCUUCUAGCUAUUUUCACCGUCAAGUGUAAUGAUUCUGUUAGCUUCUCUUUCUUAAUGCUUUCUUGUUUCCUUGUUUUCUUUUUUCUUCGUUAAGGACGAUAUAGGACAUAUAGCUUCUUUUCAAUUAAAGCAAAUCGUUGUCUUUUUGAACUAAGUGUUCCGUGUGUGUAUCUAUUUCAUUGCGUGAUUGCAACCGAGUUUGAUUAUGGAAUUACAAGCGGUUCAGAGUACUGCAUGCAGUUAAUAGUUUGAAUGUUAAACAUGAAUUACGAUGGAAAAAAAGUAAAACGGCUCUGUAUCAUGCAAACAUCUCCAAGCGAUAUUUCCUGGUUUGCCGCUUGAAAAUCGUGUUUAACUUUUAGCAGGAAUUAAAGCAAAGGAGUAAUGACGUCACUGGACGGCAUUAAACGGCCGGUCGAUUCAGACGUUACUGAGGGAGUUAUAACGACUCGAAGUAAUCGGAUGAAAUUCAAGCUAAAACGAAGGACAGGUUUUUACGGUGACAAAACUUUAAUUAAGUAGUUGUUUUCUGCGACAUUAUUCUUCAUGUGGUAUACACCGAAUGCAAAUAUGGCGGAUCUCUCGGUCGGCCCGGGUCUAGUUGCGCGAAAGCGAGGCUAGUGAGGCCUCGAGAAUUUUCUUUUGGCUGCGCGUCUUAGCGAUUCAGUCAAUCAAUAUUUUUUUCCUUCGAGUUGUUACGUGCUUAAGAACCAUCAAAGAGGAGACGAAAGUUGAUUAUUUUCGCUUUGCCAAGGUACUUUACGAAGAAAGAAAUGGAUUAAAGCGAUUCGGCGCGGCGAAUGGAGGCACUUUACUAUUACGGAGUGAAAAGAACGAAAGUGUGCUCGCUUCACUUCAGAAGAGAAGAAUGACUCACGAAACUAUUAGAAUGGGUGAAUAACUGAAAGAUUCAUGGUUCUGUUUCAAGUUUGCUUUGUCCGUUCUCUUACCAAGGAAAGGUAAAUAUCCCCCAGAACGAGUGAAUCCGUCGUCGCGACUUAUCAAUCUUUAGGCGCUCUCAGGGCUCGACACAACGACAGACAACAAGGCCCAAUGUUUUCACAGUCUUCACAAUCCUGUGUUCAAGAGUUUGAGCAGGGCCAUAAAAGAAGCAACUUUUGGAAAAUCGCUGAUAGUUUAUCUCGAAACCAUUCGACAAGUUGCUAAACUGAGAUCACGCUCAAGGUCAAAUACAAUGCUCGAAUACUUGCACGCUCUUUCUCUGCGAGAACCUUUUUCCCUCCUCUUACUUUCUUAGUUGGCAACGGUUCCUCUGUUAGUUUUUUCAGUGCACUUUGGUCAAGGACUGUUCGUGAAAUAUGUCGCUUUCUUCUGGUUCUUACAUAGUUUCACAGGCAACGCUUGUAGGAUUAACAGGCGAUUGUUAUUGUUGUUGUUGUAUUUUAAUGCAGCUGUUUUCAGCGUGAAAUCUAAAAGAUCUUACAGUCCACAGCGGAUGCUCCCGUUCUCGAGAAUGUUUACCUUUUGUUAAAUAAAUAACAGACUAUGCAAACAUGUUGGAACAGCACCAUCUCUUGUGAAAAUUAUUUCAUUCAAAUACUUUCGUGAGUGCUCUCAUCUAAAGCAAGUGAAGCGAGCAUACUUUCGCUGUUAAGUGCUUCCCAUCGCCGCGCCGAAUCGCAUGAAUCCUUAACUUUCUUUGUGAAACGAUCUCGGGAAAGUAAAGGCUAUUCAAGCUAGAGUAAAAUCUUAUUUUUGGUGGCCCUCAAGCAUGCAACAACUCGAAGCAAACCAUAUCGAUCGACUCGAUCGCUAAGACUCGCAGUCAAAACAAAACUCUUGAGCCUCACUAGCCUCGCUUUCGCGCAACUAGACCCGGGCCGGCCGAGAGGUCCGCCAUAUUUGCAUUCGGUGUAUAGCUCCAAAUUUUCUCAGUCCUCGUUUAAUCACACAUUUAAACAGUAUCUAAAACAUACCUGACAAUUGGCUUGGUUUCUUGAAGGCAGCCUCCAAACGAAAGCAUCGAAGUCCGGGAAAUAUAGUGAAACGUGACCAAAAUAACUUAUUUAACAGCUCCACGUUGCCUCGUUCGUAAUGUAGCAAGGCGAAAUAUCUUCCUUUAUUCUCAAAGUCCUUAUUUUUCGAUAAAAAGUUCAACACUUUCACGUGCAAACUGGCUUUUCACAGUAAUAAUAGUAACAUGAAUGUAUGAAGACCACUUUAGUUUUGUAACUAGUGCCAUAAGUAAAGGCUCUUUUCUCCAAAGAAUCAAUAACUUAUAGCGCUUUUAGAAUCAAGUCGUCAGAGUUAAAAGAAUGUUUCAUUAAGUGGAAUCGCACACGUGACAACCUCGUGAAUAAUGAUGAUGCAACCAUCUAAACAACGAUGAAAAUGGUGGCAUUUCUUAGCUAUUCGGUAUUCCAUGAGCUUCAUCAUCUUACAUUGUAAGAAACCAUGAAGAAACCUUGAAAUCUUCGAGUCUUCCCCCUAAGCAACGUCUGGUGAGUUGAUAUUCAUAGUUUUUACAAAUUGUUUAUUUUGCAACAGAUGUCGGAAGGAAAGACAAAGAGAGGUGAAUUUAUAGUAUGAGGAUCGACUCAGCUGUGUGCAGUGAUUCGUGUUUUCAUUAAUGUACAACGAUACCUAAUUUCGCGCAAAAAAUAGUCUUAGAACAGUAGAUUGAUGAUACGGUUACACUGAAGCAUUUAAAAUAGCUCAUGCACGUAAAACGUGCCUAUUUUUGAAUUAUUUCAGGACGACGAGUAUUUUUCCUGUUCAUGGAAUGUGUCCAAAUUUGUCCUUGCACCCUCGUUUGCGAACGCAAGGAAAGUUGAUGUUAGCGAACGUCAGGUUAAAAAUUAGGGCAGUAUGAGACUCAGAUAUCGAAAACCGAUCUUCUAAUUUUUCUCACAAAUAAAAGGCUUCUGGCGGGAACAAUCUACAUAAGGUUUCUUAUCAACUUAAAAGCAAUCUAUGGACAAAAAAAAUGAAAGAAAUUGAUUUUUCAACUCCUUUUUUUGGUGACCGGUAAGCAUCGAUCGAUUUCGUGUCACAUUCAACCUUUGACUUUUCUCCACUGCCUUACCUGUAUAGUUACGUUUCAUGCAUCACGGUUGUUUCGCCGAGCGGUGUAAAAAACGAGCGGUCUUGGUAGGCUUCUUGGCUUUAAGAACGCAGUAUACUACUGUUGACCGUACGUCGUUUUCUCAGUCGAGACGUUACUUGAACCGACCAGUAGUAUUUGACAUGACUGAUCAUUAAAAACCUGAAUCUUUUGGAUCUUUUAGAAGCUUAUCAGAUCGAGAGGUAGGCACACACGUCGUUUUCGGUAGUUGAUGCCAACCUGAACAAUUAUUUUGGGAAACGUCUCAAAACUUAAUUGAACACAAAUAAACAUUUUUUUGUUCUGUUUUGUAUUGUUUUGUUUGUUUUUAUACAGCCGCCGACGUGUAUCUGGCUUACCUGAAAUCUCCGUACUACAAGUUUUUCCGAGAUACGUUGAGCUACAUAAUCAUGCUUCUGCUUCAUUACGCGAUCUGCUUAUCUCCGACAACUGUUGCGUUCAGUGGAUUAGAGUGGACCAUCCUCGUUUUCUACAUUGGUCGCUUUGUCGCAGAGCUUAAGCAGAUUUUGUGUAUUAAGAAGUGGUUAAGAGAAACAGAGAACGACACCUUUCAGUCAAACUGUGUCAGGAUAUUCUCAGUGUAUUGCAGGUAUAGAAAAGGAUUAAAUGAAUCCGUGCUUUUGACGUUGAUAAAAAUUUCAAUUUUGAUUAGGCAAACCUACAAGCGGAGCUCUCAUAAGAAAGAAAGCAAUUAACCCUAUUCAAACACAGUCAUUGCAAUUCGCUAUGGGUAAAAUAACUAGAAAAAGUGAGUAAUUCAGCCAGACAAACUAUGAAACAAAUCAGUACAUUUUUGAGGUAAUGAUUGAUCUGAAAAAGAUAACAGAAAAAUGUUUCAUUUCUAGCCAGGAAUCAUAAGAAUAUGGUUUACAUUAUAUUUUUAAACACUCAUAUCAGACUCAUUUCAAAUAGCGACUGGUUAAAACAGCUCAAAGAACCCUUUGUUUUUAUUAAAAUCCAACCGUACCUCAAUAGCUUUUUUUUUCAAAAUCAACUAAAAUCUAAAACAGGGGUAGAGCUGCUCAUUAUAUAUAAACAUAAAGGAGUAACAAACUACUCAUCAAUUUUGAAAAGGGUCAAAAAGCUUAAUUAGAAAAACAACUUCCCCUCAAGUAGAUUAACUAUUAUUUGUGAUUUUCAAGAAGUCAUAUAAAACACCAUUAGCAAUUGGGCUGAGUAUGAUGUGAAGAAUUAUGCAGACGAGGGGUUAUUCAACAAGGCCAGAUAGUGUCUUCUAAACAACGUAUCGAAACGCAUUAAAGGGGCUGUGUAACGGCUAUCUAGUUCAUUUUGCUAAUAUUGCCAAUUACAAGUCCUUUUUGGAUGGAACUUAACGUUAGAGAGGAAAUUACUUGCAAAUUACAAAAUCAUAGCCUCAUGUCAAACUGAACGUGUCUCCUAAGCAUUAAAUCAAACGUUACAAAAAACUGUUGGGCUAAUUUGUUAGGCUAUCAGAAACCACAAUUUUCAAUCAGUCUCAGUCUUUUUCAAGUCUGUCCAUCCGUGCCUCCUUUUGCUUUUGCUCUGUUACUUAUACCUUUGGUUCAUGUUCUGAGCUGUUUUUUUCUCCUCUCAAUUGGUGGCAGCUUCUACUGUUUUAAUUUUUAUGAAUUUUCGUGAGACAGCUCCUUUAAAGUUCCUCCGUCUAUAAUCAAAUGUAAAAAUAAUCACUUGAGAUGAGUUUCCUUUUAACUUAGCCAAGUCUUAGCAAGGUCAGUGAGAGUGAUAAAUUCAUGUUUUUAUUUUGAUUUAGUGAUUGUUGGAACAGGUUUGACUUCGCCAGCCUUGUAUUCUACAUCAUCAUACUGAUAUUGCGAAUUGUCACCUGGUUCAAUGACGGAUCAGUUGCAAACAACAGAGCCCUCGCUAUUGCUGGCUAUCUCUACAGCUUGAACACCUUGUGCCUUACUCUUCGAACUUUUGGCCAGGUGAUGGAGCAACCAAAAGAUGUUGGCACCAUCCAGAUCGCCCUGUUUAGUAUACUUAGAGAUGUGCGCACAGUAUUGUGGCAGUUUCUUGCGGUAAUCUUGGCAUUCUCCAUCGCUAUUACAAAGAUUUACAUGUCCGAGAGAUCGUUUAUCGCAAAUGAGAGUGUACGACAUAAAAUGUAAGGGUCGAAAUACUCGGUAUUUUCAACCUCUCUAAAUUCAUCGUGGCAUUAAGGUGGCUGAACACAGUCUCUAUUAGAAUUGCGCGCGCUGAUAAACUCCCCGACCCAUCUUUAUCACGAGAAAAUAUGCAGCCAAUGUGAUUUUCAAGAAAAAAAAUACCAGGAUAAGGUGAGAAAAAUGCCCAGAAGUUGUUUGUAGAAAUUUAUUCUGUUUUCGUCACUUUGUCACAUCGCGUGAUCUCAGCGCGCGCAUAAGCUUUGAGCAUGCGUACUUAGGGAACAAUGUGAGAGCGCUUGUUUUCUUGACUUUCAUAGGCAAAGUGAACUAAACAACAAUAUAUCAAAAUCUACUCAUUAGAAUUCAGACGAAAUUUGGCAGAAUUCUUAUUAAUAUCGCACUUCAAACGAUGGAAGCCCAAAAAUUAUGUCGAACAAAGGAGUUCUGUGACACAAUCAAAUCUCACAUGAAAGCUAUUUUCUUAAAAUUUCAAGAACCCUUACAAUAGGCCAUUUGCGCAAUGGCGUCAUUUUACUGCUACGACCAGAAUCCUUUUUUUUCCUUUCAUAUUUAAAUUUGGUAAUCCCAGCGAGAUUUAAAUGACAAAAGCCGUAAUUUACAACAGAAAGGAAAACCCUGAAGGAUUCUGGUCGUAGUAGUAAAUGAUGUCAUCAUGCAAAUGCCUAUUUAAUCAAGAUGUUUUUAAAAAUGAGGUUUACUGAUUGUAACUCUGUGCAAAUUUAUAAGGAAAUCUAAUGACUGGGUUUUGCGAAAAUCUACUAAACUCAAAAUUGUAAGUUUGUUUUAAAUCAUUUAUGUUGCCAUGGCACGAUCAAAAUCUUACUUUUAACCUAAUAAACGUAAUGUAUUAUGAAUAAAUUUUGUCUGUGCCAGAUUUGCACCUUGUAUACCGGCAGCGAGUCUUAAAUAACAUCCUUAUGAAUGGUAACGAUUUACAACCUACAAAACUGUGUUCAGCCACCCUAAAAAUGUCUGGCAUAUAAAUAUCUUAAGUAGAUUUAGUCCAGAAUACCCUCUUCUCGAUCAAAGCAAUUCACAAAAUGCUGGGAUUUUAUGACGACUAGGACCGAUUUCGCGCAAUUGGUAAAAUUAAACCCCAAAAUUAAAUUAGACUCAAAACUAAGUUAAAGAGAACAAGUUUUAUUUUACACAGAGCUUACACAUACUAAAGAUAGCACUGAGUUUAAUAUAUUAAGUAAAAGCCACUUUGGUCUUCUAAACCAGCCCAGAUUUAAACUUCUGUUGUUGGAUAAUUUAGUAUUUUUCAAAUUGUUUGUCUCAAAGUCAAAGCCAAAGACGAAGGCAUGUUUGGCGAUUGUUUUAUACAUUUGUCGAGCCAAAGAGGCUAAAAUCUAGCUUAAAUAUAACAGAUCUUUUUGUCUUGGGUUGUUUGUUAUUGUUUCUCAACGGAAUUUUUCCUUCGUCUUGAGCAUACGUGAACAGGUUGAAACGCUUUUUUUGUUUUCUUAAUUCGUGUUUUUUCAUGGUGGGCAUAUGGGACGCCCAAAAGUGCAUCCUAGGAACUACUUUUGCAUUUUCCAUUCGUUUGAACUCAAACUUUGCAGGAUGGUAGAACUUUGUAUUCCAAACAAUCGCAAUAGGCCAUUUGUACUAAAAGGUCAUGUGACAUCGUUUUUAUGAAAAUGAAAGUUAUAUGAUUUUGCCUUCGAAAAACGAUAAGUGGGUCAUAUCUUAAACAAAAUGAUAGUGACUUGGUUUUUCAAACCCGCACCAUUUUCUUAAAAUGAGCAACUUCGUAGCUGGUCACGUGACCAAAAUGUGAUUUUUAAAAUUAUGAAUUACCCUUUCUGAACACAAAUUUUGCACUAAAAAUUCAAGGAAAAUGUUGAAAAGAUGCCGUUUACGGCACGUUUACGGUAUAUCUGAACGUAAGUAUCAAACGUUUAACAAGAUAUAAGCAAAAAGUAGUUUUGGCCAUCAUGUUGGAGGGCAAGAGUAUGCCCUCCAACAUGGCGGCCAAUACAAAUCAUACUACUUUGUUGAAUAAUCAAAGUGCCAUAAAAAAUCUCCCUAACUGCGUUUCCUCUCAAAUUUCGGGUGUAAGAUAAUUUUCAUGUGCUCUGUCAAUUUUUGGCAUCAGCAAGAUUCCAACUCAUUGUUUAAAGGAAGCAUUGGUCACGUGACCUCUUAGUGCAAGUGGCCUAUUUUUUUGUUUUUCGAUUUUAACUGUUUUAGGCGGGAAAAUGACGUCACAAGAUUUACAGCACAACUAAAAUUUCAAGAUAUGGCAAAAAAAAAAUUAUAAAGAGCACGACGCGAUAGAAUAAAGCGUGAAAAAAUGUUUUCAAAAGCUCAAUUACUUAAAGAGUUGGUAAGCUUUGAUUAAACUUUUCGAAUUUCCCUCUAUUUUGUCACUAUUUUUGGAAACAUAAGCACACUUCAAGAUGCCAUAUCUUCCAAAGGAACUGAGCUUCACCCAAAAUUUUUUCACAUUUGUUUCUAUCAAGCCAAACUCCUUCGAAGUUAAAAACAUACGAUUGUUCGCAAUACAAACGUCCACCAACCUGCAAAAUUUAAGCUCAGUCGAAUAAAAAGAUGCAAAAGUAGUUCCCAGGAUAUAAUUUAAGACGUCCAAUACACCCACCGUGUUGAGCUUUUCCAACUGGUUAACGUAACAAAUAUUGACAGUAUUUUAAACGUACUUCUGUGCUACGUAAACAGGGCGCACAAAAUGAUAGCCGUUUUUAACGGAAGUGGUCACCGGUAAAAUUUGCAUUAUAUUAUUAUUAUUAUUAUUAUUAUUAUUAUUAUUAUUGUAGACAUAUUAAAUUCUGCAAGCAGAAUACUGCAAUGCUGAUCGUACUACGUGAAAAUCAACACGUCUGCUUGCAGAAUUUAAUAUGUCUACAUUGUUAUUUUUGCUGAUCAGGCCUUUAUAGAUCCUACGUUCUUCGGCAUAUCCGUUUGCGGUCCUUUGCAGUCCUUUAUGGUUAAUGUUUGUAUUAUUAUUAUUAUUAUUAUUAUUAUAAUCAUAACUAUAACAAAAUUAUCAAAUCUGAUUGGUUCUCAACUGCCCUGAUUUCAGCCUUAAUAGGACAGUUUAAUAGGACAGUACGCGUCAUGCCUAAGUAAUUGGACAGUACGCGCCAUAUUUUUUUCAUUGCUAGCGAAAAAAUCUUGGAAUUUCUUGUGUUUUGAUUUAAAAAGAGCACUAUAUAUCACAAAUUUUGUUAAAGUUACGAUUAAUUGGUAACAGAACUUCGUGUCGUCCAAUUCGGUCUGUAAUCAUACUCGUGAUUAAACAAAUCGGACUCCCGCUACGCGGUCGUCCGAUUUUGUUAAUCACUCGUUUGAUUACAGACCGAAUUGGACUCCACUCAGUCCUGUUACCAUUACUUAUCAUUGUCAUUACCAUUAUCAUUAUCAUUAUCAUUACCAUUAUCAUUAUUAUUAUUAUUACUAUUAUUAAGGAAUGGUUCAUCUCGUGGUCUAAAAUGGUUAAAAAAACACACCAAACAACAAAGCUCGAUUUCUGGUGAUAUAUUUAGCUGGAUUUUUUGAAAAUGUUACGGCAAAAUAGAUCUCUUCCUUCAAGCUGUUUUUUUCUCUAAAGUAGCCAAUAUAAAAACCAAAAGUGUCACCACUGAUUCACCUUCUCGCUUUCUGUAUUUUUUCCUUUCCGUUUCCUUCGCUAUUGUGAUUUUCAGGCUCAUACUAAAAAAAACUGUCUUUGGCCCUUUCCACUCUAAUGCGUGCAAAUUUUAGUAGAUACGUUUCCAAAAAUCCGGCUAGAUAUAUAUUUAUAUACAUUCUUGUUUGACCCUUUAUACAGAAAAUUUCUGAAAGUCAAAAAAACUUGAAAGGUCUCCUGCUAACAGGGAUGUUACUUUGCUUUUUAGGGCCUGCAAGGAACCCGGACUUUACUGGUACGUGUUGAUCAGCGAUCUUACCGCGGCAGAUUUAAGUUUUCUUGGACACUGGGGCAAGGGAAGGGAGGAGAGGGGGGAAAGGGCGUGGUAGCGUUUAAACAAGUUGUGUUACCUAAUUUAGCCAAAUUCUGCCCUUUGGAACUUACUGGCCUUACAGCUGACUGAACUAUAAAAAUACCAACUUUAGGCCGCGGGCGAAAACUUACUAUGAAUAAAUUCAUAAGGAAAAUUCUGCUUGUGCUACAUCUUUUAAAACAUAGACAUCUCUGCUGCUUUAGAGGCGAUUGAAAUAAAAUUUUAUAGAGGUAAUGUGAAAUGAUGGAAGUUUAGGAGGGUUGUUUCUUAUUUGGUAGAUCGCGGUUUUUUAGCAAAAGUUAACGCCAUAUAUCUCUUUAAUAAGAGCGCUCUUUUGGAAUUCCGCUCAAUACAUAACACACUACAGUCUACCCGAAGUUGAGUCUACUCCUCUGCAGUACCAGCUCGUGAAGUUUUGUAUCUGCGCUAAUUUCUUGGACUCAAUUCAAUUUUAUUCAUACUUUUAUAGAAUAUUUACAUUAUAUAUAGUGAGGUAGGAUACACUAAUAAAGAAGAAGAAGAAGGAAAAAAGAAAAUUAAUGGCUUGGAUAGAAGUGUACGGUGGUCAGAGGAGUUAAGCUUUCUAGCUUGUUUACCAUUUACAAAAAGUUUCCGGAAAACCCGGUUGAAACGUGAAUGGCACACGACUUUUUGUGUCGUUCCAGGUGGAAAAUUUCCGGGAGCAAUGGAACAUCUAAAAUGGUAGUCCUUUAUUCCCGGACGGAAUAUUCCAGAGGGAAAUUCGUGUUCCAUUUCUUCAAAGCCGUCUUUAGUACCAGUUUCAGGCCUUCGCGGUCGUUUCUCGGUGUAUGGAACUGAUUUGUACAAAUGGUAAACGCGAUCCUGGGACAAAUCUUACCAGUCAUGAAUUUUACGUACCAUUUACCCAAACCGUCGACCCACCGGUUUGCCCUUGUAAAUGGUAAACAACCAAAAUUGUCGGAGAAGUCAAAUUUUGAGACUCCCGAUGGUGUCCCGACUAAGGCCCCGUCCACACGUAUUCGGUUUUUCUUUGAAUCCGCAACUUUUUCUUUGCGGAUACAAAAAUUUCCACGUCCACACGUAUCCGGAUUCAAAUCGAAGCUGCCUGUCCAAACGCACGUAUCCGGAUAUUUUUGAAUCCUCAAUUUUUUUCUUUGCUGGGACCGUAUUGAAUAUUCACAGUAAAGAACUGGGCUCGAUCUUGUGACGUCAGUAGGUAAAAAAUAUAUCCGGAUUUAGCUUCCGCACGUUUUCAUCUUUUAUCUUUUAGAUAGGGACUGUUUACAUGGGGGUGGGGGACCACAGAUAGGUGAGGUAACAUGUGGCGGGUCACCCUACCUAUCACGUAAACCUGAUCAAAUUAAAAUGAAGGAUUUUAUGGACAGACGGGUUACCCCACGUAAGCGGGUUACCUCACCUACCUGGGGUCCCUCACCUCCAUGUAAACAGGCCCUUAAUGGAUUUAUUUAAAGCGUAUGCAGGAAGUGCAACGACUGACAUUGACAAGUUUAGGAGACAUUCAUGACUGGAUAAAAUAUGGGCGAGUAAUUUGAAAUGUUCACGUGCAUGUGUGGCAUGGAUACUGCGAGAGCAAAAUGUGUAUUCAAAGUAAAAAAACGGGCUUUGAAGGGUAGUAAUCCUUGUUUCAGUGAUUUUUAAAGAAAUGAUAAAUAUUAGGAACUCUUUGGAAAUUUCAGCGAAAUUAUCACAACCUUUGUAUAUGUUUAUUUUCGGCCACAAAAAUCCUUGGAGACAUGACAGCUUAUAAACAAACUUCCUUCAACGCAUUGUUCUUUCUGGUCUCAAAACUAAAGAGUAAAAUGUUAUUACCCGAUAAUUACACUAAUUACAUUUCUUGCUUGGCACUCGUGUUUAGUCGGAACACCUUUCUAAGCCUCAACAUUUGACUUCUCCCACAAUUUUGUGUCCAAGCAAGGAAUUCAGCGCAGAUACAGAACUUCACUAGCUGGCUCUACAAAGGGGCAUGACAGUAGCUUUUAGGGAAAGAUAAAAGCAUUAAAGGUACGGCAAAACAGGCAACAUGAAACGUAUGCAACUUGUCUUGAGGUUGUCUUUACACUAGGCUGGUAAGACUUAAGAGAUGCGAAGUUUUACUUAACCAAAAAUGCGUGUGUGAAGGCCUGUGGAGAUGGGUGGCACAGAUAGGUGAGGUAGCAUGUGGUGGGUCACCCCACCUAACAUGUAAAUGCAAUUAAAUUUAAAUGAAACGUUAUAUGGGAUAGGCGGGUUACCCCACCUAAGCGGGUUACCUCACCGUACCUGGGGUACCCCACCUCCAUGUAAAAAGGCCCUAAUUUCAGGGAUGAGAAAGUGCUGUCUUCUAUUCGAUCCGCAAGUUGGACACAAAAUAACGUUUUCCCAAUUUGACACCAAUGUGGGUUAAAACAUUGCCGUAAAGCAUGAUCUAUCAAAUAAAAAAAACAACGCUCUUAAAUUUACAUCAUUCCUGUAAAGGUCUCUGUAAUGUUUUAUCUAAAUCGCCUCUAAAACAGCCGAGAUGUAGGCGUUUUAAAAGACGUAGCACAAGCGAAAUGUGCAUUGUUAAAAUAUAUUCACAAAUAAGGGUCCCCUGCGGACUUAAAACAGCGAGAGAACACUUUAACAAAGCAGCAAAAUAAAAGCGUUCGGAUGGGCAAAAUUGAAGUCGAUUAAAACUGGCAGCGCAGCCGAGUGGUUGGCGCGUCGCACUCGCUAUCCGGGGGCCAGGGGAAACACCAGGACUCUCGAGAAAACAAAACUAACUGUUUCCCUCGGGAUCUGAUAUUAAGUGUAUAUUAUGUUCUAUUUGGAUUACUUGUUUCUAAUUAUUUGAGUGGAGUACCUGAGCUAAGUGCACUUCCACUAUAAACAAACCUUCAUCGUUUUUGAAUGAAGUUUUGAAUUAUUCCUUCGGUCAUUCUUUCAAAGAUAAUCGCUAUUGCUUUUAUUCUCCUUCUUCAAAUUUCGGCUUCAAUAUGACAUAGUCUUUGUUUAAGUUUUCGAAAACUUUAAGAGUUAUAAACAAGACACGCACCAUCUGAUUUUGAAGAGGCGUCUCCUUUGAAGUAGCUUGGCAGGAUUUCACACCGGAACUUAGAGACCUCUACUGGGUCAUUCUGUUCAGCUAUAUUUAUUGAAAGUAAAAAGUAGUGCAUACUGAUUUAAAUUUUACUGAGGGGGGGACGGGGGAAGGCGCUUUUUCGAAAGGGGGGGGGGGGCGGUGUGCCCAGGGAGUGUGCAAGGCAACCGAGUUAAGAAACGAGGUUGACUCGGCGGCAGAAUUAUAACGCCGUGCAAUGUAGGCAAAAACUCUAAAAUUCUGCGUAACCCUCUAAAAUUUGCAUUUUUGGCCAUAUUUGGGUGUAAGUAAGACCCCAUAUUUGGGUAGUGACGUCAUGGUCUCGUAUUUACAACUCGUGGAUCAAGAUUGGGUAAUUCAGUGUGCAGCUGUUCGUUGUCUGUUCAAGAGGACCUAACUGGUGAUUUCUAGUUUGAAAGGGCAAUUACUGCUCUGGUUUAUCAAGGAAUAGGGUUUUACGCUCAAAUUUUUGUCAGAACUAGCUUGUUCUUUGAAGCUCGAUUUAUAUUGAGGUAGCGUGUUCGCUUCUCGACUCAGAAGCAGAGUUUUCAGUGUUCUCUUUCUUUUGUGAACUGAAUUUUAAGCUGUAGUUGGUCAAGGCAUACGGUUAUAUUCUCAAAACUUACAUCAGAACCAGCGUGUUCUUCGCAGGUCGAUUUACGUUGAGCCAGUUCUCACCUCCUGUGAGGAAUGCAACGUAUUUGCGGACCUUUUUUUAAAAAUUUAUUUAUGUUUUUCGAGAGAUUUUGUCAACCAGCAUGUAUUUUGGUUGCUCGAUUUACAUUGAGACAGCCCAAAACUCCCGUGAGGAAUGCAACGAAUUUGCGGACCUUUUGUUUUUCAGACUAUCAUUAUGCCUUUCAAGAGACUCUUUGUCCUGUGACACUCGCUCAUUAGAUCUUUGUAUUUUACUCAAGUUUAUAUUUUUAUACCUCUAAUACAUUCCGCCCCAUUCUUGCGCGCUUUUUACACAUUUUAGUUUACACCAAUUUUUUUCUUAUGUAUAUUACCACGCAAAAUAUUUUUCUUAUCCCUGAUGACGCUGUUGCUCGGAAUUUAACUAUUAUUUUUAAUUUCAGCAGUCAAAGGCCUCAUUUGAACUAUAUUUUUCUUUCUAACGUUUACAGCUUUGAUACAAUAGAAUCUUCCAUGAAAAAUAAGUGCUAACUUGCUCAUAUUUACCAACAAAGCUUCAAGCCAUGUUGUUAUUGUUUAACAAAAGUAAAAGCCUAGAAAGUGCCAAAAUUGUUGUUUUGAAGUUGGGUGCCAUCCUUUUCUAUGGCGGAAUCCAUUUUAAACCUCUAAAAUUAUGAAAGAAGAUCUGAAUAGGCACAUUCCACAAAAGAUAAACGAAUUCGCCUCGUUGGCACUUGCCGGAAGGUACCCCUAGUUUAGAGGUGUGUACUACUUGUACUUGCUACUACUACGUGUGAGCAUGUACGAUAUUUUGGAGUUAUCGUUGAUUCACCUCAGGAGAUAUCUUUCACAGGGGUUUUCUUGACGAUCGAGGCUAAGUUUGAAUUCUUAUCACAUGCAGAACCCGAAUGAGAUGGGUACCAAAUGCCUCGGUACUACCCAGGGGUAGGAAAAUGCCCAGCCCCUACGGUAGUGAUAAUAUAUCAAAUGCAUUACCCCCAACAUUAAACCGUGAGCAAAUGCCUCAUAAUUUCCGGGCGGGGAAGGGAAGGUGGGCUCUCAGCCUCAGCUGGAAUAGAUUGAUGCAUAAUGAAUGAUAACACUUAUUACUGUAGUUAUAUUUCUGUUCACUUACAGUUGGUGGGCGAUGUUCUCACACCUGGGCUGGUCCCUGCUUGACCGUUCAGAAGAGUCUGGCCCCAUGAUAUCUGUGGAUCCCUCGUCGGUCUUACUUGCCCGAAUUUUCUACGCUGCUUUUCUUAUAAUGGGAGUAGUUCUUCUCAUUAACAUGCUGAUAGCUUUGCUGUCCAGUACAUAUCAGAAAACAGAGGUAAAGACUUGGCUUAUUAUUGUUUUUACGUCCGUGCACAAGGUGUGGAUCAGUUUAUUUCUAGUGGUUUGUAAAAGUAAUCUUAAAAGAUCAUUUAGAGAUCAUUUAGUUUUACCCCUUGUUACUCUCACUUACAAUCACAUAAAGUUAGAUCAGUAAGACUUAUUUUCACUGUUUAAAGCGAAAAAAAAGGACGAAAAUUUCAACUCAUUGGACUCAUCACUAAAAAUCUAUAUCGAUUGCACCAACGAGGUAUAUAUAGUGUGCACCUAUUUUUUUGGUAUUUUAAAAGCGUUGUAAAACUUAAGAAAUGGUAAACGUGCAGCGUUCAACCAUGGAGUUAUGGAUGCAUUCGGGAGGUUGCUAAGCACGAAAGAAGCGUAAGAGUCUUCUUGAGUGCUUAGCAAACCUCCCAAGUGCAUCCAUAACUCCAUGGUUGCUCAGCUGCAACGUUUACCAUUUCUUUUAUAAUAUAAUCAAAAGAGAAAAACAUUAUUUUCCAUUUGCCUUCGGUUGAGUCAUCGGUCCGAGUUCAUGUAUGCUGCCAUCUGCCCGCGCGUAAACAAAUCAUGUUUAAUGUUUUUCAGAAACUUGCCUUUGAGUUUUUCUUUCGCUGAAUCAACCGUUCUUCAUCUUCAGGCAAAUUGCAAAACGUUUUUUGUUGUUAUUCUUAAUGGAAUCUGUCUACUUGCUCUUAAUAUUAGGGUAAAAACUUUGAGGGGAAACUAUAGCUGCAACUAUAAACACCAACUAAAAAGACUCUAAAAAAUAAGCUAAAACUAAAUAAAUGAAAUAAUUAUCAAGCUUAUUUAUGUGACAAUUUUUGAAAUAAACGUAAAGUAGAAAUGAGAAAAUUUGACUGUAAUUCCUUCAGAAGAACAGGUAACACUAAUUUUAAAAAGAAAUUAACUAGCUUUGUAUCGAAUCUGUCUGGGAAAAUCCAGCUAUGAAAGUCAAAGUUGUAACCGAAAUUUGCCGACGCACAGCCGGCGCUGAAGCUGUUGUUUUUCGACCGUUCUCUGAACGACUGUUAUGAAUGAACACUGAGGAACAAAAUAAUACACACGAAGUUAUUUUUUGAAAAAUUUAUUUGAAAACCCAAAUGUGUCUGUACUCAAAUGAAAUUCGCUUAUUCCAGCGUAAUGUGCCCGUUUAAACUCAACUAAAAUUUUUAAUCGAUGCGAUGAAAACUUCACAACAAAGCUGUCUCGAAUUUGAGCGUGUUUCCUAAAAUAUUUGCUUGAAUUUAGCAUCAGCUUGACCAAAAAGUCAAUACCACAAUGCUAAUUGAUAAAUUUACAUUUCAAACAGACUUUCUCCUCUACAAAAAACAAACAAAAUGUACCUUAAAUCUUCGCUCGCUCGAUUUUCCUUCAGCCGAUUCUAGCCGCGAGGAAAACAGUGAUUAAUUCAUCCAGGGCAAAUUUGUCGCUUGAUCUUUUGUCUUUUUUCCUUCAAAACGACAGCUUAGUAUUUUCUUCAACUUCCACUUUUCAUCUGUAAAUUUCAUCGGUGUACUUUACCGUCAGGAGAGGACAUUUGUUGAAUUUGCCAAAAUUUUACCGCGCUAGCUCAGUUUCUUGGCGUGCACCCACGGGCAAAUGGUAGUGGCUAACUGACCAAUCAGAGCGCGCGAUUUACUUUUGUUAUGUUAUAAAGUAAAUUCAAACUAUAAAACCAUUUUUGAGUACUGGUACAUUGAUGUACUGGUUAAAACCAGUACAUCAAUGCGUCGUCCUAACACUAUAGCAGCUCACUUCAAGUUGCAAUAAACAAGGGUUUCUGCUGCUUCAUUUACAUUGUUAGGCUGUCAAAUACAAAUGUAUUCUUAGACUUCACAGUAAAGUUAAGAACCGUCGAUGCCAAAGUCUAGCCUUAUUUACUUAAUAUAAUUAUUCAUUCAAAACAUUUCUUCAUUUCUGGUUGGCUUAAAUCCCCUGGCUAAUUUUUUAUACCCAGCUACCGUUGACCAAAUUUGGAGGAUGUUUGCUGGCGGAUAUUAUGAAAAAUGAAGGGACAGCAGAAGGCGCGGUAGUUCAGCUGUUUUGGUUGAGCUGGAGAAAAUGGCGGAGGACUUUGCACACGUUUUAAAAAGCGAAACAGUCAAACUACUACCUAGAAAACAUAAAAAGAACAAGACGCUACGGAGCGUACACUUCGGCGUCGUGGUUGUGGAACUAAUUAAUUGUAAAUGCGAAGGAAUAGUAAGAAAUCAAAUAUGGUAAGAGUAAGGUGUUAAUUUGUGAAUUUAUGGGAUUUGUCAGGAUAUUCUGAAAAGAGCAACAUCCAAGAGGCCUACUUGCCAAAAACGAGCAUUUCGGGACAAAUUGUCUCCGAGAUUUUUCUACCUUGGGUCGCAGUAGCGCAAUCGGCUAAUCCCUCAACUUAGAGUCUCCUCUGAUCUGACGGGUCACACAGGUGAGUCGGUUCAAACCCCGGGAAAGCCAAAAUAAUAAUUCUUUUUUCCUCGAAAAAGUUAAAGAAUGAAUCAAAGAAAUCGAAGUAAUCUCGAGAUAUCUCGAACUAAUUCAGCUCUCACUUCGUCAAAUAGCCGAAUAGAACCGAAAACCUACAGACUUUGCUUGCCCAAUCUUGUCAAAAAAUGGCAACUUUGAUACAUUCCUGAGCGUCGCGAAUCCUUUACUUCGCGCUCCGCCGAAGUAAUAAGCAACGAAUGGCGGAUGACAACUGCUAUUUGAGGACUAACCUAGACUAAAUAAACAUCACUUGAAACCGCCGAGGAACAUGUCAAUUAAUGAAGAAGGGAACCUUACAUAGGUAGCAUGUUUUUUAGUUGGAAAUAUUUUGAAUGAAUAAUAAUCGCUAACUGGCAAAAAGUGACCUUGUUUUGGUUGUAGAACAAGGUUCUUGACGCGAUAUUCGUGACGCCUUAGGUAAUCGUUCACUUUAUACUUUAAUUUCUUUUCUUUGCUCAAAAUUUGUUUUUUCAGUAAUUGUCAUUUUUUUAAAUCAAAUUGAACAUGAGCUACAAUGUCAUUUACAGUGCUUACUGGUUUUCAAUACCUUACUGAAGAAUUUUCUUUACUUUUUGAGUCAGUCUUAACUUUUAUUUUGGGAAGUAGUUUUAGGUAAAGAUAGAUUUAUAGACGAUAUUACAUGACUGUGCGGAGAUACGAAAUUUCUCUUCGUGUGUUGAAAAAAAUUUCAAGAGUGAGCGCAGCGAACGUUUGAAAUAUUUUUUUCAUCACGAGAAGUUGAAGAAAAUAUUUCAAACGAUCACUGCGCAUGCGCUCACUCUUGAAAUAUUUUUCAACACUCGAAGAGAAAUUUCGUAUCUCCAAGCGACCAUGAAAUGCUCUAUGUAUUAUAUAGACACCAAUGAAAUACCAAACCAUUUUACUUAAAUAGUUUUUUGGUGUGAAAGGACGUGCGAUUUAGCCAUAGCAGCGGUGAUAUUUUCACAUGUGAAGAUGUAAAGUUUUCGCCCGAAAGCUCACCUGGUAUUUCAUUGGUGUUUAUAUAAUAUAUAUUUCCAUGUGGACAAUCAAAUUAUUUUCGUGAGUCGCAGGUCGGUGACACGGGUCGAGGUAGACUGCAAAACAGUCCGUAUUUUUGGGUAUUCAAGUACCUGCGAGCAGUCAGGCUCGCGCGCUUCGUGCGCGUAAGACUCUUACGUCACGCUUUACCGAUUUCUUUAGUGAUUUUGAGAACAAAACCGACUGUUUUGCAGUCUAGGGUCGAGGGGUAAAUUGUUGUAGGAAAUUGUUAUAUAAUUUUUUUCUCUAACAGCGUUUAUUGUCAGCUCAACAAUGUUGUGCUAAGGAAUGUGUUUGUUGUUUAAUUUUUGCAAGGAAAACGCUGUAAGAGAAUGGUCGUUUAAAAGAGCAAUUACAAUUCAGACGUACAAUGGAUAUGAUCCGAUUCCAGUGCCUCUUAAUAUUAUCUACAGAAUAUACAGACUACUGAGGCUUUGUACGAAAAAAGUCAAAAAAGAGGAAGAUGUGAGUGUUACGACGGCAAUCACAUUUCUUUGCAAAAAACGUCAGUAGGUUUUUGGCAAUUUGUGACUGUCUUUGUUUGUUUGUUUUAUUAUAUAAUGAUAAUAAUUAUUUUUUUUGUUUUGUUUGGUUGGUUGUGUUUUGUCGGCUUUGAAUUAUGCCAAGGAGGUUUCUAUUAUUUUUUGUUUUAGAAUGCACUUCAGGGAUUUGUAAAGGACCUUGAAGUAAAAUACUUCAGGGAGCAUGCAAAUUCGUUUCCAGUUACAGGUAAGUUAGAACCAUGACAAACACGCUGACAGAAAGAGAGGUCAGGAAACAUUAGGCCCACUUAAGAGACCAAUCCUUAUCGGUCACCUAGGAUUGAGGUGACUGGAAGAACAUAGGUACUUCUAAAUAAAUCGGUUCAUUUCGCAGUGCGUUAUUUGUUCUACAACCCUCGUGGAUGCCAGAAUAUAUAAAGUACACCGCCCUUUAUUAGCCCUGUCUAGUUCUGCUUGCUUCAUAGGCAUCUGUAUCGAUUCCCUGCACGCGAAACUGACUUAUAAUAAUUUUUUGCUUGAUAACUAUUGGUGCCUUAUAAUAUUGGUAACCUUGUGGUGCGGACGGACGGACGAUGAAAUGCGUGCUUGCCCCAUGGCAACCUUGUUUUAAUUUCUUGAUGGAUUGCCAAGUUUGCUCAGAUAUAGUACUCCGAGCGCUCGAAACCAUUAUUGUAUUCAACCUUGCUGAGUAGUGGCUUAAGCAAAAGGAAAUUCAAACUAAAUUGAACAUUAAAACCUCGACUAUAAACAAAUAAGCUAGGUGGCCAGAUCGCUGACAGGAAACUGUCACCAGGAGAGAAAUAAAAGACAGAGUAAUGCGGCGAAGUGAAGAAGGUAAAAACAAAGCAAAAAAAGUUUAUUUUCUUGUGUUCGACAUCUGAAACAUAAAUCCCAUAUAAUAAUCUAGAAAAAAAAAACCAGCGCACUAAAUAAUAAUCUAGAAAAAAAAAAUGCCUAUACAAGUUAGGAUCGUUACAUAUCCCAGCAGUAUAGGAAUUAAAAAGCCGAUGAGAUAUGCCAAUGGUACUACCUGCUCUACCGAUUUCAAUGAACUCUUAAUUUUUUUAAUUGACUUUUUUUGCCCACACACACAAACAUCGCAAUACUAUCAUGAUACUUGUGAAAAAAUCAGUAGUUAUAAAACAUUUCCUACACCCAUCUGCACGAGGUGAACGUGAUGUUUUGUUCAUAUAGAUGCCACGAAAGGAGAUCGCGUUUUGCGAGAGACAGAGAGAAACCGACAAAUGAUUAGUCAAAUCCUUUACAAGACCUUCUCGUCUUCGAAUGGUGAUCGACGAACACCAAUUCAUGUGAGUAGCUAGGUCGUAAAGGUUUUAGUAGAUCUUCAGGUUCAACCGAACGCGUAGGUGUGAACAUACUUGGCGGGGGUGCCCGAGCGGGCAACUUUCUUGCCCGCUAGGGAUUUCCCGCGUUGGUCCCGCAAGAAAAAGUUCUCUUUCUGGCCAUAUAAUAAAUCCUUUAUUAACCAAGACUGUUCGGUCAAGAUGGUUGGAUAUUUCCCUCGUUCUUUUCUGCUUUUUUAUUGACAUCGACUUCGUCUCGGUCCAUGAAAACGAAAAAAAAAAAAAAUUCAGCCGCCUUGACAACUUGACCUCACCCUUGGCCAAUAACACAUAUACUAUGUCGUUCUUCUGAAUGCUGACGGCCGUAUGAGGAGCAGGGAUGAAGUUGUUGUGAGAGCACUCGUCUCCCGCCAACUGGCUUGGGUUCCGGUCCAGACGCUGACGCCAUAUGCAGGUUGCGUUCACUAUUAUUUCUCUCCUUUGCUCCGAGCUAGAGGUUUUUGUCCGAGAACUCCGGUUCUCCCCUCUCCUAAAAAACUAAUAUUCUAAGUUCAAUAUCUCCAAGCAAUUAGUUGAAAAACUUUAUAGAGCGCCAUGGGUUUAUUAUUUCUCAGUGAAACAGUCAAGUGUCACGGGAUCUUUAAUGAACGUAGUCAGUGACGUUGCCUCCUCUUUCUUUCUCUUGCUAGAAAUGGCCGCGUAAGAGAUUGAAUUUCUUUACAUUUCCAAUGGGUCCUAAGGUUAAGGUCUUUUAUUAAAAACUGAAUCAUUGGAUAAUGCAAUUCUAGCAUUUUGAUUGGCUUAGCCGUUAUGGUAUAUGAGCUAUUAUACCAUGCUCUCCAUAUAUGGUCGGUGUACGCGUCAGUUUAAAAUUGGAAGCUAGCUGAGAUUAUUUUCGCGAAGGAUAGAGCGGCGCCCGAAGCAAAUCGUUUUAAUUCAUUUCUUAGAAUACUAGAAACGCAAUUUCAUCGAAAGAAAAAAGACAAAAACAAACAAAAAAGCCACAAGAGCUUGUUUGAAAGUUUGUCUAAAAACACAUGAAAACACAUGGAACUAAAGUACCUUGACCAGCUAAGAAAGAAGACAAGAGUUGUUUCUUCAUGAUCGCGAAGCCAUUCGCCCAUCGAGUCACUCGCCCAUAGAUAACUGCGGCUUGUUUAUCCGACAUCAAGAAUAUAAAUCACAAGUAACCAGCUACAAAUACAGGUUAUGCAGCCAUUCACCAGAGCAAUCGAGGCGGCCGUAUAGCUAGUUUUCUCGUUCAGCAAAACCAGCUUGUGGGUUUAAACAACUUCAUAACAAGCGACCGAGGUAAUAGUUUUUCUCCGUUGUUCUUGCUUUCAUAACUGCACCGAAAAUCCAAAUUCACAGUAAUUUCGACGGCUGUCACUUAAAAAUUCUUUUCCUUCACAUUAUCUGCCAGGUUUUUUUUUUGCUGUUCUGCUGUGUAAAAUCCUAGAAUCCCGAUGAGUUUUUAAAAAACUAAUGUUCAUCGCUACAAUGUUUUGAUUUUUCAUUCAUGCAGUCCAGGCGAGUCCGUUCGCGCGUAGACAGUUUUGAUAGACGUGUGACAUGUGAAUAGCGGAAGUCCUUUGUCUUUUCCGGUUUGUUCUAGCCGGGGAGAUUCAACGAGAUUUUGUGGGCGUUUUUAAUAAAACAAUUAUUCCACUCCCGCUUGUUGGAUUUGAGAUGUAAUAUAUCAAACAUGAGAUGUUUCAUCACCAGAUGAAACACCGAGAAGAGAGUUGAAAAUACGACGCGCAGCGGAGUAUUUUUGACGAACUUCGAGGUGUUUCAUCUGGUGAUGAAACACUGUGUCGAAUGUUUGAUAUUUCUUCUCAAACAAAAUCAUUUUUGAAGGAGAAAUUAAGGAUGCAAAUACUAAGCAGUGUUUCAUCCGAUUUCCAAACACUCAUUAAACAUUAAUUUCCUUUGUAUUUUCUUAAUGAAUUAUUAAUGAGUUUGAGAAGCUUAUAGCCAACUCGGCGCUACGCGCCUCGUUGGCUAUCUUUCAUCUCAUAUCCAACGCGCCCUCGUGGAAUAAUUGUUAAAUAGCCCACUUUGGAAAUGAGUGAUAACCUGGGACCAAACUUAACGCGCGCGCGUUUAUGGGAUUCUUUGGGGGAACAGAAAGCUCCGAGCAGCCACCUGGAAUAAUGCCAGGACAUGCAACCUGCUGUGUGCCCUUGUGCCCAAAUAAUUUCAAGAACUCACAUGGUCUGGCAUUUUGUUGAAUACAGUAUGUUGCCCAGUAUCCGGACACUUCAGUUUAACAUUGCAAUAACUUUCCUUUGUUAAUCGCAAGAGCUCUGAAAUUUGGCCCAGAGAAAAUCUAUUUAGUCCUUAAUAUGACGAAAGACAGUUUAACUUUUUUGCCUUUGUUUGCACUGCGAGAUUAAUAUUUUUGCAGAGCUCCUAUGUUGCCCAGUAUCCGGACAGCUGGCCCAGUAUCCGGACACAACAAUAACAACGUAAUUGUACAUAAAUUUCGACAGGCAAGCGACUUAUAAGCUUCUCUUGCACUUGCAAAGUAGUUUGGCAAUCGGUUCCAAAAAUAUAACCUAGCAUCGUGAAAUAAAACAUAACAAAUGACUGGGUUAUGGUGGGGAACGCGAGCGACUGUUUUAAAAAUGGUAUAAAUCUCACUUCCUUGUCUAGUAACUUUUUCACUGAUUUAAGGAAGGCAUCCGUGGACAUGCCGAAGAUGCAGUUUGCUAGCUCAAUUAGCCAAUCUGCAAACGACUUUUUUUUCUUCGUUUUUUAUUUUUAGAAAGCUUGGGGAAGGGACCACAAUCCGACGGUCAAAGGUCACUCUCCUAUUUAGUCUAACCUGCAGUGUUGAUUUCUUCAUUCUCAGUCCCCACAAUAAGCCUUCUUUUCUAGCACUAUUUCCUCCUUCUUUCACAUCUCUCAAUCUCUUUGUGACAUUUUUAAGACCGUUGCAACCCCAUUCUAGCAGUCACAACUGGGGAAAGUAUGAGAAUUCCAGGUUCAACGCAGCCGCUUUCGGUUAUAUAUAGAAAAUCAGUCACGCGUCACAAGCCGUGCACACGAAAUCAAGUCGCCUCUGAAUGAGUGAAGAAAAUUUGCCAUACGGAGUUGAGUAGAAUUACAUUUUACGACUAUAUCAUAUAUCCUAAGCUUUAAUUAUAGUUACUGAUAUGAAAUAAAUCUUAUCCGGACAAUGUACAUAGCUAAUUCAUCGAUUCUGUACAGCAAAGAAAAAACUGUCCGGAUACUGGGCACCUGACGUCAAUACUUAGUGAAUGUUUCUGGCCUCCGUUAUUCCAAACAAAUCGAAUUUCAAGAAGAAUUAAUAAACUUUCUGAAAACCUGACUUCCUUAAGUAUCUUCACUUUAAAAAUAAAACAGUUUCUUUGAAAAUAUCACACAUUACCCUCCCUUUUCUAAGCAGCACUAAUUUUACUGCGCAGUAAACAGCGUAAAUAUUGGCCAUGAAAAGUUUACUCACCUGAACAGAACGGCGUCUUCUGCGACUGUUUCGCGUGCUUUCAGAACGAUAAUUUGAAUUUGAACUCCGAUAGCACACGGAUUUGCUCUUCCCAUUAGGGUGGUGGUGAAAAGCGCAGUAGAACUCAUCUACCAUCUAUCUUUCCUUGGAGUAAAAAAAACAUGAACGACGAAUUCUAUACAGGUCAGAGGCAACUUCGAAUUUAAGAGCCAGGAAAAGAAACACUGACAUUUCUUGUACCGAAAUGGACGAUGAAGCUGACUCAGUAAAUGAAGUGUCAGUUGAUCAGAUUGACAUGGACACUCAAAGCAACGGUGUUUCACUGACUCUUUCCUUUUGUGAUGCUGAGAUGCAAACUGAAAUAGCUGGAGAAUUUCUCGAUCGAUUGGAAUUUGAAUUAAAAUCGACUGGUGAGGAAAAAGGCAAAUUAGCGAAAGAAAAAGACGAGUUGACUAGAGAUUCAAAGUGACUUCAGCAUGCACUGAAAAAUCCGAAGUUUGACAUUUCAAAAUUUAAGGAAAGGAUGAAGAUAUCGAAUUUUACACUGGCCUUCCACACUGGGAUGCACUUACGCUUCUUUACGAUAUGUUACAUGACAAGGCCCAGAACUUAAAUUAUGGCUCCUAUGCGAAGAAAAACACCAGUCCUGAGCAAAAGCCAGGAAGACCCAGAUCAAUGAGUAUAUUUGAAGAGUUUAUUUUGACUUUGAUGAGACUUGGGUUAGGUUUAUUUCACAUAUGUAAGAAUUAGGACUAAAAAAUAUGACUGCAUGUAUCCCCAACAAAGGAAUCCUUCAAUAACCCUAAUAACUUUUGUUCAUCCUAAAACGUGCCGCUAUAGCUAGACUGUAGUAAAUACAUAAAAAUCCCUUCAUUUUAAUAUUUCAUUUCAUGAUUUCAAGGAAUGGGAUCCCAAUCCAGGAAUACAAAUAGAAGGCCCACUUGUGACGUGCGAUUGUACGGAGGAAUGUUUUCCUGAUCCGCAGUACCAUCAUCAUGGUGCCAGAUAUCGUCAGCCCCUUUCUCGUGAGUUUCCUCAUUUUGAGGUGAGUUUCGACAACAGCAAAAAGGAUUUUAGUUUGACUGUCUAUAUGGGUUGUUGACUUAAUAUGACUAAUCUUCUAUUGGCAAUUUGUAGGUGACGUAUUGUUUAUCAACAACAAUUAUUUUGUAAAUAAGACUGAAACACCUCAGGGGCUCCAAACUAGGAUACGAUUAACCCUUUAAAUAAAGCAUAGCAAUCCUUGACUUUGUAAUGACAAUUAAAGGUAAAAUUUUCCAAUUAAACUAGUUUUUGGGGAGAGGAGGGUGUUACAUGAAACGGUAAUUAAAAAAGUAGUAAUGUAUAAUCUAGGAUUACUAGAGGGGUUGCAGUCGUUGCUUGCUUUGUGGAGUUGCUUGGAACAGCUUCGGAGGUGGAGUGUAAUACGAAAGUGUUUUACGAUGUUAUAGUACCUUUUCCACCCUCAGAUUACCAUUGUGGAGACAGGUGAAUACAAAUGGUUGGCAAUAGGUAUCACGAAUGAAGCUUACAAAACAAGUGAAAUGCCAGGAUGGUAUGAAGAAUCUCUUGGCUACCAUACUGAUGAUGGGAACAUCUUUCACAAUACUAAGAAUCUUGAAGACGCCAUAGGGACCAAAGGUAUUAAGAAUUAACAGCAGGAUAAAACUUUCGAAAAAACAGUUUUCUUGAUUAUUUUAUUACAUGCCACGUCAGGGGUCGCGGACAAAGUGGGGCAUGGAGUAGGGAGGAGGCUUUAUGACCCAGCUAACGUUUUGGGAUAAUAAGAAAUUGUCAAUUCCAUUUGGUUUACUUAGCAGAUUCCUUACUAGACUGACUACUUACAGAAAUAAGGUUACUUACCUAUUCUAAAAUUUUCAAGACUGCUAUUAACUCUCUUUCAACAUGGCAACAAUGUUUUCGUGCCAAAUUUGAUCCAAGUUAGCUCCUUCAGCGGUUUGCUCAAACAAACCCAAAGAUUGACGAAUUUUUUGUUAUGGUCAGCUGCUGACAGAACGGUUAGAAUAUUAACGGUAUAACCUAUGAUGCUGGCAUUCUGAGUUUUUCUUCUACUUUACUCACCGUAUAAUUGGUUUUCAUUGGGUUCGAAUUCAAGGUUAAUUUACUACUGUAGAGAAAAUGAUGAUUAACGUGUUCAGAUCUUUAAGUAAGUAGAGGGCCCGCUCAGUCCUUAAGAUUAGAAGGGACCCGGCCUCAAAAAUAAGUAUUUCUUGGCUCCGUAGACCUCAGCUGGCCUAUAAAUAAGAUGGAGGUCCGGGUCCCCUGGACCCCUCCCCUAGAUCCGCCACUGUUAUUAUUGGCAUAUAUGAUUAAAAACGUUUAUGCAGAACUAUGCUUUUAAAGAAAAGUGAAACAUCUGAUCAAUAGGAAAAGCACGUUUCGCCGAACUAGUAGAUCAAGAUCGUGUAACCAAAACUUAAGACGGUCAUUACAAAACUUGGCAGUCGUAUAGGGAUGUCUGAUUUAAAAGAGAUCUUCGAAAUCAUUUUGGUUCUUCGUACUGAAUACAGAUAGUGGCUCAAAGAUGAAAGGCUGCUACAGUAUUUCAUUUGUAUUAUUUUACAAGAAAUGCGCGGUCUGGCAAAAUCUGAGGACUCAACGAAGGCGUCACAGAGAGCCCCACAGAAUUGAACACUACUUUUAGAAAACUGAUUGGUGCUAUUGUUUAGAUUUAAGCCGAUGACGAACGGUGCCUUUUGGAGUAUGCAAUGAGUAAAGUUGAGUGAAUUUGUCUUAGCGGCUAACGACCGAGACACAAAGCGUCGAGGGAGUCGGGCGCUUCAGUUUCAGCAGCUAUGUAAACCUUUGACGUGGUUUUACUCAUCCUAGAUAUUUAGAAAACGGAUAAUUUUCACCUUCACCCAUCGAAAAUAGUAAUAAUAAUAAUAAUAAUAAUAAUAAUAAUAAUGAUGAUGAUGAUGAUGAUGAUGAUGAUAAUGAUGAUAAUGAUGAUGAUGAUUUUGAUAAUGAUGAUGACGACGAUGAUGAUGAUGAUGACGACGACGACGAUCCAACGGGAAGCUACCGUACAAAGUUUACCGUGGCCCACAGAUCUAACGGCAAAAUCAUGUUAGCCCCGCCAAAAUGAGUUUUAGGUAGUCUAGAAAACAACCUUCACAUUUUCACAGCAGUGCAUCUAAUAUCACAAUGAGCAGAGCUAAUUCCGUUGAUACAAGGUUUAGCUGCCUUUCUAGCCAGUUUAUAAGCUGACACUUUUUUCAGCAAAGCAUGCACUGGAAAUUUUACUAUAGUAUAUGCUCACGAUUACGUGUCCAGUUUAGUCCUCACUGGGUCCCCGCGUGGUCCGUAGCUAUGGUUAUUGAGUUUUUUUACAGUAUAUUCUUGUAUUGAUUCUGGGGAUGAAACCUAUGAAACCAUAAACGUUAGGAUAUUCAAAUGAACGCUACUGAGCAGUACCGUUUUUGUGGCACUGCGAAGUAUGUUGUGCCAGGUGGUUCUUACAUUUGAGAAACUUACUCCUGCCUGCAAAAGAGAAAAUUGGAUAUGAAUAUUGCAACAUUACUGUUCCCCUUUGUUGAAAGUCAGAACGCAUCACAUGACGCAGGCAAACGCCCCUUAGAGAACGAAGUACGUUUUUGCGAAAACACUAAGCGUCGAUAGUUCUUUUUAACUAGGAUUGUUUGUUCGCCACUAAUUCAUCAUCGCAGAUCACUUUAUGUUACUCUAGAGAAUGGUUCCUUUCAAUUUUCAUUUUAUUCCCUUGCCAGCUAUGAAUUCAAAUUCAUAAAGUGACGAAGAUAAAAUACCCCUUUAAGAAAGUCACGUGGCUUGAAAUGUAUAAGAAUCAACAUUACCGUUCUCCACAAAAUGACUGCUUUGACUUGUUUUUUUUUGGGCAAAAAAAUGUUAUAUUAUGUUGAGCCGCAACAAUAUGUUAAUUUUUUUCGGUGACGCUUACUUUGAUGAAUCAGUUAGUUUUUUUUUCUUUUAAUAUUAGUUCUGCUAAUAGGCCUGGUCUCAGAAGAAUGCAUGCCUGCCACCAGUUCUCUUAAGAUUACAAGUUGUAAUCUUAGCAGCUUAAGUUAUAUAAUUUUUGCAUUGAUCAGAUCACGUGAAUAGGGAGCUGCAUGUGAUAUCAGCUCAUGAUUACGUGUCUUCUUUGUCACAGGCCCUGCUAUGGCUCGCCGAGGUGAUCGCAUUGGCUGCACUGUUUUGUUUGAGGAAAGGCGAGAUGCAGACGGCAAAAUUCCAGUUUUCUUCACACUAAAUGGCAGUGAGAUAAUUUUGGAAGGUGGAGAAAGCCCGGGAAAGAGCCUUAUUUUUGUGGACUUUGAAAAGCCGCUAUUUCCUGUCAUUGGCAUGACUGUAGGGAGCCGUGUGUUGGCCAAGGUAAGGUCCACACUUAGACUAACUUACCAAGUUUUUUUGGUACAUGCUUAUGCCAGUAAGCAUUUAUAACUUUCUGAGGUGUAAAACUUCUGCAACUAUUAUAUAUCGCUUAAAUAUUUUUUUAAAUGUAGUAAAAAAAUCUCCUUCUCAUAGUAUGACUCUAAAGCUCUUGGAUAAAAGUCUCAUGGGCAGUGAAACUCUCUGAUAAUUAUGAAUCAAGGUCCUUAGUUGAGGUUACGAUGUCGAGUCUCUUUCUCGUCUUGAAAUGUCAUACAAUGUAUAGCUGCAUGGUUGGUGCAACGAUAAUAAAAUAUUGUAUCCGUCAGUCAUUGUCAUGAAUAGGUAAUUCGAUCUAACGCUUGAACAUUAGCCUUUUUAACAGAAAGCUCCUUCGUUAUGUUUUGGACCGUCUUUUGACCUUAUCUUUUGAGUAAGUCAACACAUUGCUUAUCUCUAUCGCUUGUUAAAAAUUAGGCGAGUUUGAUUGUUGAGUAUGAGGUGUCACCCCGUCUUUCACAUAGCGGAGCUCUCCUGCGCACGAAGCUCGGGCAGCGGAGCACCCUGGUUGAUAAAAUUUGGCUAUCUAUGCAUCCAAGAAAUUUGGGUAUCUGGGUUGUGACAAAAUCGUCUGUCUGCCAGUCCACCGCCCCUUUAUGAUAGCGGAUGUGAAACGCCACAUUUACUAGUUGGUAGUCCAAGGCGUAUACAAUCUGUGUUUAACUUAAUAUUGGAUAUCAAUACUAUAUAUGGUCAAUUGACAGCUGUAAAAGUAGGAUAUCCACUGAACAGUAUCUCAUGACUGUAUCGCGGGUUCAGGUCUACAACUCAAUGAGUGACGUGUUUUCCAUAGCUCUCCGCUGAUCAGUUAUUGGUUUUAAUUUAUGACAGGCUCAGAUCCAUUUUAACAGAGAGCCUUUUCACAGGCUACUUGUUUAUGACGAAGUUGAAAUACUUGUACUUCAGAAAGACAUUUCUUAAAACAUCCCACGAGAGCUUUGCAAUUUUUGUUUAUCCUCCAACGCCUCGCUUUCAUGACUAGGCAGCAGUUUUUUCCCGCGUGUCCGCCAUUUGUGAAUACGGUGUAUAAACGGGUAACUCCAAGUCAGGUUUUGACCUCAGCGAGCCGGCUUCUUUACUUUUAUCUUGCACUCCUUGUCGGCUUUCUCAUUACUUUUUUAUGGGUCCCCUUUAGAUGUGUGUAUCGGAGGAUGAGCUACAGAAAGACAUGUCGAAAGUCUUUGAUCACAUUAUAUAUGCAAGGGAGGACGUAGUUCGUCAGAGUUUGGAAAUUCAGGAGUUGAAGUCUGACUUUGCUGACGUUCGCCAGGAGAUGAAUGCAAAAGAGGAUAAUAUGAGACACAACAUGGAAGAUAUAGUCUGCAACGAGGUUAAAAAGGCGACGAAGUGCCUGGAAGAUAUUGUCAGCAACGAGGUUAAAAAGGCGAUGAAGUGCCUGGAAGAAAAACUUGAUGCUUUAUUAGUGAAGUUAAGUGAAAAAGACAAUUGA